AUGUCUGGAAAUGCUCAAAUAUUCAAAACUACUCAAGUGACCUUAAAUGUGGACAACCAAGAGCCUUGUACCGUUAAAAUUAAUAAUGGCGAAACCAAAUGUAAAAUAACCGGAGAUGAAUUAAAUGGAAAAUUAAUUUUCGAAACUGAAAAAGGAACUGAAAUUUCUGUUCCUUUCAAAGAUGCUAAAUUGUUUUCUGGAAAUAAGUGUGUUAUAGAACUUGUCACUUAUAACAAGGAAACUCAUGAAACUAAACUUAAAAUUAAUGGAAAUGAUUUUGUGAUUAAAAAGAAGGAUGGUACUGUGUCAACUAAGUGUGGCGGAAGAGCUAAAACUGUUUGA